CUCUUCCUCUGCGGCAGAUCUGGUUCAUUUUCUCCGGCCCUGUUCUUGCCGGUCUCGCCGGAUUCUGGCUUGUUGCCAUCGAUCCCCCUGCUUUGUGAUCACCUCUAAGCCGAUAUGAGACGAGGUAUGCGAGGUGCAUCUUCUUCUAGACAGCAGCCUCCCGCACAGCAACAGAUUUCCAAUUUGACUCAGUUUCCCACAGAGCUGCAACAGGAGCAGCCCACUAUUACUCAGCCACCAUUGGCCAAUGACCAGUUCACUGGUGAUGAUGCAACAAUGGACGAGGACACUGAAGAGCGUAAUUUGGAGGCUGAGUUGGAUGCUGAAUAUGCUGUGCUUGAUCCUAAGUUAGAUACUCAGUUGGAGGAGGAGCUAUCACGUGCUGUGUAAUACCCAAGGAUUUCUUACUUUAGAUUUAAAUAAAUUAUUUAAGCUCUU